AUGGCGGCGCUAACUCUCCAACCACGUCUUCGCUUGUCGGUACUAGCACGUAUAGCAACACUGCUGGCUGUCGGCCUGUGGGGCCAGACCACUGCCGGAGCCUACGAUACCACCGUUUGCGGGCAAACGGCUUAUACGAUACCUUCCAACAACAUGACCUUCAACGCCAACGCCUGGAACCCUGACGAUGAAGGAUUCCAAUGCAUAUCCGUCCAAGACUCACCGCCUGCCUUUGCGGCGACCUGGUCGUGGUCGUCGAAUUCGGAGACGGUCCACUCCUACCCCCACGUCAAGCUGACGGCUCCAGGUCUGCCGACACCCUUGUCAAACAUCUCGGCACUGGUCCUCUCCGCCCAAUGGUCUAUGGGUCCGGGGUCGACGCCUCGCCCGGCGCUGGUGGUUGACCAUGACGGCCUGGCCAACCACGGCACAUCUGCCAAUGUGGCGUUCGACAUCUUCGUUGAUCCCAAUGCCGCAAACGCACGCAGUGAAAAGACUGCAGCGACCGAGAUCAUGAUCUGGGUGGGAAGGUUUGGCCAUGCCGAACCACUCGGGUUCGAUGCGAAUAUGAAGAAGACGUGCUUUACCCAGACUGUCGGGGAUGCAGAGUUUGUCUUGUAUCAGGGCCAUAAUGACAGAGGUACCAACGUGCUGAGCUGGGUGGCCACGUCCAAUCACACAACCUUUGCGGCGGAAGUGUCGCCGUUGUUGCAAUACCUAUGGCGCAACGGCCUGGUAUCAGCCGGCUCCCAUGUCGGCUUGGUAUCCUUUGGGUCGGAGGCGUACCAUUCAGACGGCAUCGUCACCUUCUCUGCAUCGGAGUUUGACAUGCACCUGGUUACCGGCGCGGCUCCGAACCUCGCAGUCGGCGACCUGCCCGCAGAGUGUUCUCGAGCAGCAUCCACCAAUCCUCCACAAUGGCUGUUAUCUAGCGCGUCGAUCACGGCGGUUGUGAGCGCUACUCUACUCUAUCUGAUAUCCUAG